AUGGAUAUAAAUCAGCUAUAGAGGCACUGCUUAAAAGGGGCGCUGAUGUAGAGUGCAGAGACGGAGAUAAGGAUGGUCAAACACCCCUGAUAUGUGCCGCUUCAUCCGGACAUUUGGAUGUGGUUAGAUUAUUGAUUGAACGGGGUGCCGAUAUUCACAGUGAAGGUUGUUACGGCUAUACACCCGUGAUAUAUGCCGCCAAAAAUGGGCACGAGGAUGUGGUUGGGCUGCUGCUUGCAAUGGGUGCUUACGUUCAGCGUGGUGAUUAUGGUGGUGGCACACCACUAAUCCAUGCUGCAAUAAACGGACAUGAGGGUGUCGUCGGACUGUUACUUGAAAACGGUGCUGGUCUCGAGGAUAGCGAUGACGCUGGUCUCACACCCAUGAUAUACGCUGCUAAAAAUGGACAAGCGGGUGUGGUUAAGCUGCUACUUGAGAAAGGGGCUGAUCUUAUGCGUGGAGAUGAUCAAGGUCGCAGACCACUGGCAUAUGCUGCCGCCGGAGGGCAUGAGUGUGUAGUCAGACUGUUGCUUGAAAAGGGCGCUGAUCCUGGGCAUGGAGAUGGCACUGACCCCAGACAUGAUUCCAUACCCCUUCUGUGUGCUAUCACACAGGAGAAUGAACAUGUGGUCAGGCUACUACUUGAUAGUGGCGCUGGUCUAGAGUGCAGAGACGAGGAGGGCUUCACACCACUGAUCUGGGCUACUUUACAAGAACAUGUUGGUAUAGUCCAGCUACUACUUAAAAGUGGUGUUAAUCUAAAUUGUCAAGAUGAUGAGGGCAAUACAGCACUGAUAUACGCUGCCAGUUAUGGGUAUGAGGAUCUGGUUAUGUUGCUGCUUGACAAGGGUGCUGAUAUGAAGUGCAAAAACUCGUUUGGCAUGACAGCACUCGAGUGUGCUGCCCAGGGUGAACAUCAGAAUGUGGUCAGUCUGAUGCUUGAAUAUGGCGCUGAGGAUGGGUAGUACCCAUAGCCAGACUUUUCCAUCGGAAUGUCGUCAUCUUUCAUCCCAUAUUUCCAUUUCCGAGUUUCGAACACCGCAAACUCAGUGUACCUCAUAUCUCUCUGGGACCAGAACAGCUUCCGGCCGAAUAUGAAAAUCAAAGACAUCCGUCAUUAGUCCCAUGGUCAUACAAGCAUUAGGAACAUCCACAAGACGUGCAACAUGUUGAACUAGUGCGGAGCUGAGCAGCAGAUAAAUCUGUGCU